GCCAAGGUCGGACCGCUCCUCGGACAUCGCGCCCGCCCUUUUCGCUUAAACCCAAAGCCAUCGCCAACCCAGAGCAGCAGCAACUGAACUAAACACACCACAGUGCCCGCCGCGGCCCUAUCCUAGAUCCUACCUGCCCGUACGUUUCUUGUUCCACGGCCGAAUAUCGCAGGUCGUACGUACACUCACUCGCCAUGGUGGCCGGGCGUGUCAAGGCGGCCAUGGGCUUCCACAGCAGCCCCAGGGCGCCCAAAUCGCCGGCGCCGGCGGCGACGGCCCCAGCCGAGGGGUAUGCAUACACGCCGGCCCGGGGUCCCUCGUCGUCAACGUCAUCGCCCGCCCCGUGCGGCUCGGCCUCCAAGGCGUCGGCGUUCGCGCGGUCCUUGGGCGCUUACUUCCCGCGCUCGUCGGCGCAGGUGCAGCCCGCGCGCGCGCCGCCGGAAGUCGCUGGGCUGCUGCGCGCCAUCGAGCAGCUCCAGGAGAGGGAGUCGCGGCUCCGCGUCGAGUUGCUUGAGCAGAAGAUACUCAGGGAGACCGUUGCUAUCGUCCCUUUCUUAGAGGCCGAGCUCGCGGCGAAGAGCAGCGAGGUCGAGAGGUACAAGGAGUCCGCCGCGCGGCUCGAGUCCGAGAACAUGCGGCUGUGCGCUGAGCUCGACGCUGCGGCGCUGGAGGUUACGAGCAGAAAGCAGAGGAUUGUUCAAAUGGAGAAGGAAAUGGCAGAGCUGAGGAAGCAGCACGACGCUGAUGACUGCUGCUCGUCGUCAUCCUCGUCCAAGCCCUACUUGGCCGUCUCGUUGCACGCUUCACCACCGAGCUCUUCGUCAUCCUCGUCCACGUCGACUUCACCGACGGAUUCAGGCUCGUCGUCAGACACGGCGGCCAUUCCAAGAACCCGCGUGCCAGAGCUGUCGAAGCUGCCGCCGAUACCUCCGCCACCGCCACCGCCACCGCGGCCUCAGCUGACGCCGGCACCCAGCCUGAGCAUCAGCUCCGGCUCAAUGGGAGUGUGCGGAAGCGUAGGCGCGCCACCUCCUCCGCCCCCGCCCCCGCCGUCCAAGAGGACAUGUUCGCCGGUGAGAUCGGGUUCGUGCGUGAGGCGCGUGCCUGAGGUGGUGGAGUUCUACCACUCACUGAUGCGGAGGGAGUCCAAGAGGGACGGAGGGAGCGGUGCCGACGCAGCGAGCGGUGGCGGCGCGGCGGCGACCAGGGACAUGAUUGGCGAAAUCGAGAACCGGUCGGCACACCUCCUCGCGAUCAGAUCGGACGUGGAGACGCAGGGCGACUUCAUCCGGCUCCUGAUCAAGGAGGUGGAGGGCGCGGCGUUCGUCAACAUCGAGGCCGUGGUCAGCUUCGUCAAGUGGCUCGACAACGAGCUAUCCCGCCUGGUGGACGAGCGCGCGGUGCUGAAGCACUUCGAGUGGCCGGAGCAGAAGGCAGACGCGCUCCGGGAGGCGGCGUUCGGCUACUGUGACCUGAAGAAGCUGGAGGGCGAGGCGUCGUCGUUCCGCGACGACCCCCGCCAGCCCUGCGCCGCCGCGCUCAAGAAGAUGCAGGCCCUCUUUGAGAAGCUGGAGCACGGCGUGUACAACCUCGCCCGCGUCCGCGACGGCGCCACCAGCAGGUACGGCCGGUUCCAGAUCCCGUCGGAGUGGAUGCAGGACGCCGGGAUCGUCAGCCAGAUCAAAUUCCAAUCCGUGAAGUUAGCCAGGAAGUACUUGGAACGAGUUUCCUCUGAGCUUGAAGCCAUCAAAGUCGGCCCAGACGAAGAGGAGUUGAUGCUUCAAGCAGUACGAUUCGCCUUCAGAGUACACCAGUUUGCAAGCGGUUUCGACGCCGACACCAUGCGCGCCUUCCAAGAGCUCAAGGAGAAGGCCUCCCUGUGCCGAUUUCAGCGGCAAAAACAGAGUAGACACAUGCGGCAGCAAAGGCUCGUUGGGACCUGAGCAUCUCCGUAUGCCAUGGUGUGCCACACACCAUCUCGUGGUUGCUGUUAAGGUUGUUGUUCGUGUUGACAGAUGCUGUAUAUUUCUUGCCCCCAAACAAUUCUGUUUGUUCUUUCCCAGUAGAAAUCUGUGUACACCGUUUCUUAUUACGCUCCCCUGAUGUUCCCUUUAGGGUUACAAGCAAUUUGAUUAUAGUGUCACGUGAUGUGAAAA